UAAUGUCUUGGUUUACAUCAUCAGUAGGAAGCGGUACACAUACCUCUGUGGUCCUCUUUAUAGGGGCUUUUAAAAUGAAUUCCUCUACUUACAGCCUUGCAGAAAUUCAGCAGCGGAUAGAUGAAGUCAAUCGGUUUCUAUCUGUAACGCUUGGCAUCGCUAAUGCGCACACUGUGGAGUUUUACACUCACGACGUGUGGAAACGGUUCAUGGCGGUGUCUCCGGAGGAGGUCCUGUCAGCUGUCAUUUCUGAUCUUGACCAGCAGAUGGAGCCAAAGUUGAAUGAAACGGAAAAUUCAAGGAUCAUGUUUGGGUUUUGUAUCGAUUCUAAGCAGCUGGUUGAUAUCCACAAACUGUUGCUGGCAGCAAAGACCCAUUCUCUCUCUGGUCUAGGGGUGUGUAUGAGCAGGGAUGAGCUACUGAAGGAUCUGAGAGGCAACACAUCACAGUCUGCAGAGACUGGAGCAGAGCUGGAAGCAGAUGAGUUCAUGAACUCUAAGAAAUCCCAUGAAGUCCAGUGCAUGUCUGAGGUAGUGGCCUGUUUGGCCCAGCAUUGUGGAGUCAAGCAGGUGAUCGAUGUAGGAUCAGGGAAGGGCUACUUGAGCUCUUUCUUGUCCCUGCAGUAUGGCCUUCAAGUGUUUGGCAUUGACUCAUCCAGCACCAACACCCACGGUGCUCAGGAGAGGAACAGGAAGCUGAAGAAGUUCUCCCGAGCAUACCAGAAGCAUACAAAAGCAACAAGGAGCCGAACAGAGGCUGCACACUCACGUCAAGAGGAGAAAGUAAAAAUAAAACCUGAGCCGAAUGAGGACAAAGAUGCUUUAUGUGAUCGUUUGGCAGGAAGUGGGUCACAGGAGGAGGAGAAGGUGUCAAUCAGCUCUUUGCACAUCAACCCUGCUGUGGAAACGCAGUCUGAGCUAAUAUCAGAAACAGGAGAGCCUUUCUUUAGCGUCCUGUCAGCAGAUGUGAUGGACUCGUCACCCCCCAGAGUUCCCCCGAGUCAGCUCAGCUCUGAAGAGAAGGAGAGGAGGAAGAGGGAGAACCUGGAGAGGAAAGCUCAAAGCAGAAAAGAUGGCACCAGCGGUGUGUUUUCACCUCUCACAUCAUUUGUCACGGCACAAACGGAGCUGCGAGAGCUCAUCUCUGAGCUGAAGGAUGCUGUCGUGGUCGGCCUGCACACGUGUGGAGACCUGGCUCCCAGCACACUGAAGAUGUUUGUGGAUAAACCAGAGCUGGCUGCAGUCUGCGGCAUUGGCUGCUGUUAUCACCUUCUGUCUGAGGAGUUUGACCCUUCUGGCCAUGAGUGUUCGCAGACGGCGUGUGGUUUCCCCCUCAGUCAGUACCUCCGCCGUCAGUCCUGCUUCUGCGGCAGAAAUGCCAGGAUGUCAGCAUGUUUGGCUCUGGAGAGGGUUUCACUCGGCCAGGGGAUUCAGAUGGAGUCUUUGUUCUUCAGAGCCGUGCUGCAUGUUCUUCUGAGGGACCACUACAGCUCCUAUAAAAGUGAAAAACGAGUUGGGAAUGUUUAUUCCAAGACAAAAUCCUUUGUGGACUACGUCCGUCGGGCGCUGCGCAGGCUGGAGUUGGAUGACUCAAAGCUCUCAGACGGAGAAAUUCAAAGCUACCAGGACGCGUACCGAGCUCGGAUGGAGGAGAUGCACGCCUUUAACAUGUUGAAGGUGACCCUCGCGCCGUGUAUUGAAGGUCUGAUUCUUCUGGAUCGCCUCUGCUACCUUAAAGAACAGGACGGCGUAUCCUCUGCUCUGGUGCAACUGUUUAACCCCCUGCUGUCCCCAAGGUGCUACGCACUCAUCGGACUUAAGAGUCAUGCAAACGCAACAAGCUGAGGAACGGAGACACACACACACACACACACACACACACACACACACACACACACACACACACACACACACACACACACACACACACAUGCCACCUGUAAUUUAUUGAAUUAUAGGCUUUCUGGUUAUUUUCUUUGUGAUUUUGUGAAAACAUUUGAUUUUAGGGAACACCAAGGCCUUCAAAGGUCUUGCUGGAUUUUACUGGAUGACAUUUAGAAACCCCGUUUUCCCCUUCUAAUAAAAAUGUAAAGACAAAUCUUUAUUUUUCUUAAAGUAAAUUUAGAGUAAAUGCUUUUAUGACUUAAUAUGUUUGGCCAGGAAUGACAGAUGAGACAUAAAAUUAGCUUAACUUGAUGUGUGCUUGUUGGAAAAAGUUGCAAAUGAACUGUUAUUUUUAAAUCCUGCAUGGAUGCAAGUUUCACGCAUCACUAAAAUAUUUACAGAUUUAUAGAUUCUGUUUUUAACAUUAACUCAGGGCAUGUACUGAAAGAGGUCCAGAUUUCACCAGAAAUAAACUAAAAGAAGGAACGAGGAGCUUCGAAGAUGUUCA